UUUUCCUUCCUUCGAACACAUCUAUACGCCCGGCGUUCGUUUCUCCCGAGGGGAUCUACAGCAUAUUCAAGACAUGACUAUGGGACACGGAUUCGCUGAGCCCUUCGGAGCUUUGGUGAGUGGUGACUUCAUGGACUUAUUUCGUGCGGAUGAUAAGAUGGGCCUCCUGGGAUACCUCGCCGUGUUCUCGCCGGUUUUUGAAGACUCGUCAUCAUCACUACCACAACUACCUAACUCAGAUCUCGAAAAUUCCAAGAUGGAAGAAUACCAGUGGCUACCAAGACGGAUCUGGAGACAGCUGCAAACGAUGCUCGGCUUCGAGACGACCCAACAAGAAUAAAUGCGCAUGAAAUCGUCAGCAAAACAAAACGAGACAAGGGAAAACUCUUCCCACAGGAGAAAGACCGACAUCUGUCCCAAAAAAAAAAAAACGAAGAAGCAUAAUGCAUUCAGCAAAAAGUCCCAUGGAGAACGAUCUCAAACGAUGAAACGCCGUCACAUUCGUUGGAGCUCAUUUGCGUCGUUCAAACGUCUUCUUUCAUCACAUGUAUGUUCUCAAGCUCGGGAGAAAACGCUGCCGUUGUAAAAAAAAAAAAAAGGAGUUUGUUCUUCUGCUUUGAACUUUUUUUUU